AUGUCCCAGUCUGCUUUCAACUUUGCUCCUAUGGAAGUUUUUGCUGCUUCUGAAAGGCUCAAAUUGGGAAUUACAUCUCCCUCAAACAACACAACGAAAUUCAACCUCCCUCCUCCUAGAAAUCGACAAAACACAGAUGAUGUGUUCUUCCCCAGGCAAGCACCUCUGUUACCAUCCUUUGCAGAUGUUGCCGGGCCUGCUUCUACUGAUGUUCCAAUUACAAGCGGCGAAACUAUCGACUCCGCGCUUUCCGACUCAGCUGCUGCUUCGUCCUCUACCCCAAUCCGACAGCGUAAGCUUAGUCAAAGUAACCCGCAUCCGCGCUCUCAUCGAAAAGGGAUUGGGGGCAAACUUGCCCUGUUUGAAAAUACACAUGGCGGUUCCUCGGGUCCAAAUCGAAUUCCAUUUUCUCUUGGGCCUGGCGGUAACGCCAGUGCCAUCGGCGUUCCCAUCGCGAAUGACUUGCCUUCAUUCGACAAUGGUUUCCCUUCUUUAUUUCGUCCAGCUACCAUUCCCGCCACACAAUAUCCUUCAGUACCUGGUCUCAACGCAGGACAUGAUCGACCCUACCGUUUUUCAUUUUAUUCCAAUGCCCUCCCCUCCACUAUACACGCUCGAAGUCUCUCUGAGAUUCCUGCAGAAGGACAGACGUUCGAAGAUCUUUUUGCAGGUAUCAAUCGAGAUCGGAAUGAUCCUAACGCGAAAGACAAGGACAAGAGGCCAACGAGUGCAGGGCCAAAAGGAUAUUUUCCCGGAAACGUGAAGCCUACUUAUAGAAGUCGACCGGGCUUCGGCGGUGGUUUAGGUUUCUCAAGCUACGAAGGUGCAGAUCCAGAAUCUUGCACAUGGUGGUUGGAUGUACUCAGCCCAACCGAUGAGGAGAUGACGAUGUUGAGCAAGGCGUUUGGCAUCCACCCGCUCACUACUGAAGACAUUCAAAUGGAGGAAACCCGCGAGAAGAUAGAGCUUUUUAGAAAUUACUAUCUUGUGUGUUUUCGAAGCUUCGAUCAGGAUUCAUACAGUCCCACAUACUUGGAACCUUUGAAUAUGUACAUCAUCGUUUUCAGAGAGGGAACUUUGUCCUUCCACUUCCGCCCAACACCUCAUCCGUCUUCAGUUCGAAGACGGAUCAAACAACUCAAAGAUUAUAUAUCCGUCACCUCUGACUGGAUUUCUUAUGCUCUUAUCGAUGACAUCACCGAUGCUUUUGGACCUCUUAUUCAGAGCAUCGAAUACGAGGUCGACUCUAUCGACGAGCUGGUGUUAAUCUUGAAGGACAGCACUGAGCAAAGCGAUAUGUUGAGACGAAUUGGAACUUGCAGAAAGAAAGUUAUGGGGUUGUUACGUUUAAUGGGUAAUAAAGCGGACGUGGUGAAGGGUUUGGCAAAGAGGUGUAAUGAGAACUGGCAGGUUGCUCCGACGAGUGAUAUUGGUCUGUAUCUAUCAGAUAUCCAAGACCAUUUGAUUACCAUGACUCAGUCAUUGAAUCACUACGAGAAAAUUCUCUCGAGGUCGCACUCGAACUACCUCGCUCAAAUUUCCAUUGAAAUGACUGAAGCCAACAACCAAAUCAACGAUGUUCUGAGCAAGCUCACCGCGCUGGGUACGGUUCUCAUCCCUAUGAAUCUGGUCACCGGUUUAUGGGGUAUGAAUGUGCACGUACCUGGCGAGGAUGCUCCCGGUUAUGCAUGGUUUGUGUCGAUUAUCGCAUGCCUCGCUGCUUUUGCUGUCAUUGGAGGUUAUACGACAUACAGGCUGAUGUCUCGACGUUAA